AUUGUCGCUUCACAGGUUCUGACUCGAUUUCAACAUCUCACAGGGCAUCCUACACGCCAAGAAUGAAUGCUAUAAACCCGGCCCGUACCCCUAUGCAGUCUGUCUGCGACUUUGAUUGAGACAACUGUCCAGACUAACCUCACGGACCCCACCUUCCAACAUGUCUCUCGAAUUCGUCGAAGCCGAACUACGCGACGCCUUCGAGCAUUACCGCUCUCGAGUGAUCCAACUGAACAGGAACAAUCUCGCCAAACUGUUCGAAAUCGUCGAAGUGUCACCUGACAGCACUGAACUAGAGGAUCUCGAGCUUGUCGCCGUGGAGGAAUGGGAUUCACUUCCUGACUCGAUCAACACUUUGAGCGACUUUUAUUCCCUACUUUCCGAUGGCACCGAGCCUCCACUUCCCGGAGACAGACGACUGCAACUUCUUGCCGAGAUCGAAGAAUGCUUGCAAAACCAUGUACCAUCCGAGUGGCGACCUCUGAGUUUGCCUGAAGAUUUCAAGCAACUUUGCGUACUUACGGAUGGCUUAACUGGACCAGGACUACCCAAGACCAAUGCAAUGUAUAUCCCGCAUGCCUUCAAUGGACUGAGCUCUCCUCUCGCAUCCCUCAAAGGCAAUUAUCUCUCUGCCGAGGAGAUGAAAGCCGAGCCAUUCUUGGAUCUGCUGGACUACGAGGUUGCUGUAGCCAUCGGCAUGGGUGAUGUCGCAGGUGGUACUGGUGGUGGCUCAUGGUUGUGUUGGUGCAAGGACGACUUCACAGAAACCUGGAAAUGGAGAUGGGCCGUCCGUCUUGGCCACGAUCAACCUCCACGUGUCUAUGAAGAUGUGGUCAGUCUUCUGGAGAAAUACUGGAAAGACUUCCUUACCAACAUCAUCGCAUCUUAUGAUGAUAUUGGUCAGAAUGAUCUGUAGAUGGAUCAUGCUCAUCACAGCAUUUUUUUAUUGCUCUGCCCAAUCUUCUUACCAUUCAUCUUGAAUGUCUCUAGGGCAUCGGUGCAAGUUCGACUUGACGGCUCAACUCUCGAAGAUUGGUUUCUCUUUGCAGUGGCCGCGCAAUUGUUCUG